AUGUCCGACAACAAUACUUCAAGUGCAGCCCCUGCUGCCAGCACCAACCUGACCACAGUCAACGGCCCGAUUCACAUCGCUCCUCAAGAUGCCUCUGAUGACAGCGCGUCGGAUCUCGGGGAGAGCAUCGCCUCGUCGAGCACCAGUGUCACAUCCUCCAUUCUCGGUUAUCGGCUGGAAAAUGGCCGGACGUACCAUAAAUACAAAGACGGCCAAUACCACAUUCCGAACGAUGCAUUGGAAUCUGACAGACUUGACUUGCAGCACAACCUCUUCCUCCUGACCCUAGGCAAUAAGUUGGGUCUUGCCCCGCCUAACAGCCCUGAUUCAAAAGCGAAGAGGGUUCUUGAUGUCGGCACUGGCACUGGAAUCUGGGCAAUAGAGUUUGGAGAGGAGCACCCUGAAGCUGAGGUCCUCGGCAUCGACCUUUCUCCAUCUAUGCCAGAGUUCAUCCCUCCCAAUGUCAAGUUUGAGAUUGAUGACCUAGAGGAACCAUGGGUAUACUCGCAGCCGUUCGAUUACAUCCACACCCGGACAAUGAACUCUUCAAUCACUGAUUGGAAGGUCUACUUGAAGAAAUGUUUUGACAACCUUGAAGACGGUGGUUUCCUCGAGCUGCAAGAGUACGAUGUGUUCGUCAAGUCCGACGACGGUACACUCAAGCCAGACCACGCUGUCUCCAAAUGUGUCGAUCUGAUCUAUGAUGCAUCCAUCAAAUUUGGACGGCCCUAUCAGCAUAUCGCCCCUCUCGCAGAGAUGAUGAAAGAGGUCGGGUUCGUUGAUGUGGCGAUACACAGCGACAAAUGGCCGUCAAACCCAUGGGCUAGGGACCCCAAGUAUAAAGAACUUGGGUUAUGGAACCACGAGAAUAUGUCUACCGGUGUUGAGGGUUUCACGAUGGCCGCUUUUACUCGGAUUCACAACUGGACGAAGGAAGAGGUACAGGCCUUCUUGAUUGACGUCCGGAAGGAUUUGAGAGACAGAUCUAUUCAUGGUUACUGGACAGUAUACAACGAGAACGUCAACAUGUUCAAUCCGGACAUCCCACAAGACUUCUACGGAGCGAUCCACAUUCCCCAAAUCACCGUCAACAAAGUCAUGGCCGUUGACGAGAUCUUCAAAAACACCACGGAGGUUGACUUUGUCACGGACAUGGCAUACUUGCUCAUGAUUGCAGGCAUUUUCUUACUCUUUGCCUUCUACCUAAUCACAGCGUUCUUGGUCUCUGUCGACACCGAGGACGCUGGACAACAAUACUCAACUAGAGGUCGCCGAAGAAGAUUGAGCGACCCAGAGAACCCAACAGAGCCGUUGCCUCUGUAUACGCCAGAAGAUCCCACGGCGAGGAGACUUCUGGAACUUGAUGCGGAAGCCCCACCUCCUGCUUACUAUACAAUCGUCAUUCCUGCUCCGCUAUGUGAGGACGACGAGGAUUUCCGCGACAUUUCCACGGAUUCAUUUUCGGAUGGAACAAAUACUAGCGAUGCGUCGUACAUGGAGGCCGAGCCUCGAGGUUCUGGUGUUCGUCUUCAGUGGGCGUGUCAAGCAAGCACAUACGCCGAAGUGGGAGUCAGCCGGCUGGAGACGGCUCAUUUGGCAGACACCACCAUUAUAGACAGAUAG